AUGAAGGACGCUGAUAUCGUGGGAGCCGCCUUGGCAGAGACCCUGCCUCAGACGGGGCGUUACUGGUUCCAAGAGUCCCAUCUCCUCAAGCUGAAUCUCCUUCUUGUGAUACCGCUUCUCUCCUCCUCUGUCUCGGGUUACGACGGCUCUCUCAUGAACGGGUUACAGUCUCUUGAGCAAUGGAGAGAUUAUUUUGGAAGCCCUGUCGGCGUGACGCUUGGCCUUGUAAAUGCUGCACAGUCUAUUGGAUCCGUCUUGGCGAUACCUUUCGUCGGUGAUCUGUCCGAUAGGUUCGGACGAAAGCCAAUUCUUCUUACCGGUAUUCUCACGAUCAUAGUGGCAACUAUAAUUCAAGCAGCUUCGAUCAACCUACCGAUGUUCGUUAUUUCACGUCUGGUGGUAGGCUUCGGAGGAAUGUUCGUUACACAACCGAGCCCUAUGCUCAUUGCUGAGCUGGCCUAUCCUACACACCGAGGGAAAUACACUUGCGCCUUCUGGACGAUGUACUACCUAGGCGCCAUUCUUGCCUCGUGGACUACGUACGGAACUCAGGUAUACCAGGGCGAAUGGGCAUGGAGAAUACCGUCCAUCAUCCAAGCAGCCUUACCUCUUGUCCAGUUGUGCUUCAUCUGGUGGGUCCCAGAAUCCCCUCGCUGGCUUGUGGCACAGAAUCGGGCGGAGGAGGCGACAGAACUUUUGUCACGGUAUCAUUCAGGGCAAACCACUGGACUCGCGGAAAGCACACCUCUCGUCACUCGAGAAGUAUCCGAAAUCAUCCAGAGUAUAAGAAUCGAGAAGGAAGCUGAGAGGACUGGAUGGAGUGCUCUGGUUGCAACACCAGGAAACCGAAAGAGAACGCUAAUCGCGAUUUGCGUCGGAGCCUUCGCUCAAUGGAACGGAAUAGGCAUUGUGAGCUACUACUUGACGUUGGUCUUGAACACAAUCGGCAUCACCUCGACCUACGAUCAAACUUUGAUCAACGGGCUACUCCAGAUCUUCAAUUUUGCGGCAGCACUGUCUGCGGCGUUUCUCGUUGAUCGCCUAGGGAGGCGUACGUUGUUCAUCUGGAGCAGCGUUGGCAUGCUGGCUUCUUACAUUGUGUGGACGGCUUGCUCGGCUGUGAACGCGGAGACUGGCUCGAAACCGGCAGGCAUUGUGGUGGUUGUCUGUUUAUUCGUCUACUACUUUCACUACGACAUCGCCUGGACCCCCUUACUUUUUGGAUACCCGACGGAGAUCCUCCCCUAUUCAAUUCGAUCGAAGGGAAUCGCGGUGGAGCUGUUCUCAAUUUAUGGAUCCUUGAUCAUUGCCGCAUUUUGCAAUCCAAUCGGCAUCGAGAACAUUGGGUGGAGGUACUACAUCGUUUUCUGCUGCCUCCUUGCCGUUUUCUUGCCAAUAGUAAUCUUCUUCUUCCCCGAAACCAAAGGGAGAUCGCUGGAGGAGAUCGCUGUUAUCUUCGACGGCCAGAAAGCGUUGGACAUGUCCGAAGUUAAAGGGACCGAAUCGGCAAUCCUUGAGCACAGCGGAAAAGUCGCUGCAACUCAACAUGAGUUAGGUAGUUUCCAGGCCGUGGGUCCGUGGAGAAAGACGCGGGGAAGCUGGUCAGUGGAACGCGAAAGGCCGCAGUCUGACCACAACGGACUGCACAAACCCAGAUACGAGUUGCAUGCAAUCCUGGUCGACGGAAUGACUGAUAUUCGCGGACGUCUGCGUUAUGAGUUACUUGCCGGUGCCAUCAGAUGCAGCAUCAGACGCGACCCUUGGUGUGGCAGAACAGAGUUGCAAAGAAUGUCGCAGACGGAAGGCUCGGUGCAUCUCACGGAGGUAGAAGCUCGGCUUGAAAAAGCCGAAGCACUCAUAAGGAAGCUGCGACGGGACAACGGAGCUGUCUCAGAUCCUCGGCCACCUGUAGACUCGCCAUCCCUCGCAGACACGGCUGGGCCUGAAGCAGAUUCAGAGCUUAGUGAGACAAGACGGCAUCAUGAAAGUGCCACAGAAUUCGAUCUACGGCCGGAGCAACACUCACCUGGAGAGUCAUAUGUGGCGGCCCCCGGGUCAGCGAAUUCCAUCAGGCAAGGCCAAUCGAGCCGACAACGACCAUUGGCCACAGCCCAAGAUCACAACAUCAAUGUCCCUUCUGCUCACUCUCCUGCAUUGGGUCAGUCCUGGAAUGGGCAAGGUAUGGUCGAAACACCCCCGCGUGACGAUUUUGAGUGGGAUGAGCUGGAUGUUACGCAACCUCAAUCAUCGGCCUCUGUAGUCGACUCUUCUGGAGAAGUCCAAAUCAAGGAUGGAAUGGCUUCACUCGCUGUUGACGAGAAGGAUGGCGGCUACCUGGGUGUUGCUUCAGGUGCAGCUCUUCUUCGUAUUCUGGAACCAAGCAGCAGAUCAAGAACAUUCUCAAGCAGUUCCCACCCACGACCUCAUAUGCCAUUAUCGGUACAACCGGAUCCGAAUCGACACAUUACGGAUACGAUGAUCGAUUCAUAUUUUGCGACAUAUCACCUGAGCUACCCUAUCAUACACGAACCUACAUUCCGUGCUCAAUACUCAGAGGUUAUUGCCCAGCCACAUGGACGAAGCUGGUCUAUACUGGCUUAUAUUGUUGCUGCGAUUGGUGUCUAUAGCUCAUCGACGACGUAUAGCGACCUGGAGUUCCAACUUUUCGCGCAUGCAAGAUCGAUGCUAUCAUUUGACUAUCUCGAGAUGGGCAACAGCACUCUUGUUCAAGCAUUGACGUUGAUCUCUAACUACCAGCAAAAGCGAGACAAGCCCAACUCUGGAUACAACUAUCUUGGCUUAGCUGUCCGAAUGGCCACGGGCCUAGGGUUCCAUAAGGAAUUUCCAGGAUGGAACAUAUCACCAUUGAAAAUGGAGCUGCGCCGCCGCAUUUGGUGGGCUCUUUGUGUCUUCGACGUGGGUGCCACAAUCACGUUCAGCCGACCGAUACUCUGGCCGUUGGAAGGGGUUGAGGUUUCUUUUCCGAUGAAUGUGACAGAUCGGGAACUUACUGCCAACUCUAAAAGCUACCCCCCCGAGAACCCUGGCGUGACACCCUACACCGCUGUGAGCGUGCAAGCUCGCUUCCACGUAUCAACCAACGAAAUUUACUCAAGAGUAAUUUCAAAACCUCUUCCAACUGCGGAUGAGUUACUAUGGCUAGACCAGGAGUUCUUCGAGCCCUGGCAAGCAAACCUUCCUUCAUAUUUCAACGAGACCAGUAUCGUGCCACCAAAGUACGCCUUCGCCCAUGCCGUUAUGAAAUGGAGACGACGCAAUUUUCGCAUUAUCAUGUAUCGCCCUUUUGUUAUUCGCAGGGCGCUCAAUGUCAGAGGUGUACUUAACGAGGAGUCGGAAGCUGAUGUGACGGCUUACAAGCGAUGUCUCGAAGAAGCCAAGUCCAGCAUUGACAUGAUAAGCGAUUUUUGGUCCAUGAAUGACCAUAAUAACUUGACGGCUUGGUAUGCAUUGUAUUUUCUUUUUCAGGCAGCUUUGAUCCCCUGUAUAUGUCUCCGAAAUGGGCCAUACGAACCUGAUGCCACGAGUUGGACGAAGCAAAUCGAGACUACCUUGCACACCAUCGAGGCCCUUAGCCCAUCAAAUAGUAGUGCGACUAGGUGCUACCAAGUUAUUAUGGAUCUUUGUGGCAAAUAUCUUAGCGGAUUUGAGCCUCAGCACCAGAUGGAACCGAGACGUCAGCAGGCCAAUGUAAUAGAACAGGGCACAGACGGAGCACUAGCGUCUGGCCAGAGACAGGUGGGUAUCUAUCCAUCACCCGGCCAGGACACGGCACGGACACAGGUAGAACCAAUCGCCGAGAGUCCCCAAACACAGCUAGGCAGCGUGUUUCCCAUGAUGUGGCCUAAUGUAAACGCUUUUGAGGUUGCGGAUGAAGUUAUGGGCGAUGACGCUUGGCUUGAGUUUCUGGGAGGUGGUUUGAGAGGCUAG